UGGAUAUAAUCUAAGGCGGCUAAUAUGAUGAAAAUUUGUCCACCGGUGAAAAAAGUUGGAAAAGAUUGGGAUUACAAGGGUCGAAGCGAAAUUGUUCAGAUUCUCUUGGAUCAUGAUAAUAUCAUCAAUUAUAUUCAAUUUCAAUAUGUUGAUCAGAAUGGAGCCCUGGUAUUAUCUGAUGGACAUGGACGGGUUAAUGGAAUCAAAUUUACUGCUGUGAAGUUCAAUUAUCCGUCAAAGUAUCUUAUUUGUGUUAGUGGUACCAACUGCAUCAUCUAUGGAACCCUAACUUCAAUAACAUUUGUCACCAAUAUGGGAAUCAAUGGGCCUUUUCGUAAUCCUUCGGAGAAUGACACAAAGUUCUAUUAUCAUUUGGGACAAGAAGGUCAAUUUGGAGGAUUCCAUGGCACUGCUGAUGAUCUUUGUGUUAGAUCCUUUGGAAUCUACUUCAAGCCGAUCACUUCUCUCGACUCACCGAAGAAGGUUAAAGAUGAACCUAAAGUUCGUUCCGAAUACUUUAUUGUCUAAAUGCCACAUAUCUUGUUGUGGAUUUAGUGGCAUUGUGCAAUUUAUGCUUUGGUUUCUUUAUCUAUUUUGUAAUACUUGAUUUAGAAAUCUGAUAUACAGUAUUAAAAGUUACUAGACAAAAAGAAGAUAUUGUGACUUGUGAGUAUAGUCACGCACUA